UUUCCAUAACUCAGAGGGACUUGCUCAUCAAUGGCAGGUGAUAUCACAUAUGCGGACGUGGCAAUGCUACCGAGGGAAAGAUCACACGUUCCUUCUCGGACAUCAGUUCCAGGAAACAUGAUCACGUACGCUGAGCUGCGCGUGAAGCCGAACCCCAACAGGAGCAGCAGAUCAGAGACUUCCGCUUCUGGCUGCCGACACGGGUGCUCAGCCUGGUUCUACGUGGCGCUGGUCCUGGGAGUCCUUGUGCUCGCCCUGCUAGGCAUCACAGCCGUACUAGCCACGCAAUUUUUGAAGGAUGGAGCAGGAAAAUCAGAAGGUUUGUCCCAGUAUGGUCUCAAUAGCACUGGCAAUGACAUUUUUUCAGAGAAGACUGUCUCGGCGGUGCUCCUGAAACAGCUCGUGGAGGAACUGUGUGAAGAUGGACAGGGAGCAACAUGCGAGCUCUGUCCUCCUGGGUGGCAACUACACAGGGGGAGAUGUUACUACUUCUCCGAGGAGGCUGUAAGCUGGGAUGACAGCCAGAGAAACUGUCUGGCCAGGAAAUCCCAGCUUCUUGUCAUUGAAGAUGAAAUUGAGAUGGAAUUUAUAGACAAUAAAGAGAAAGACACCAAAUAUAUCUGGAUUGGGUUGAAGACUCAAGACAUGAAGAAACAAUGGAGUUCAGUUGAAGAUACUGGAGUAAAAGAAAACAGGAUAGCUAUAAAUAGAAUUGAGCAUGACAAGAACUGUGCUGUUUACAGGAGAAAAAACAUGAUCCAAAGAGAUAACUGCCAGACUUUAAAGAAGUGGAUCUGUAAGAAGAACGCAACUCUGUUGGUGCUCUGAGCCAAAUUGUCAGACAACAGGCAGAGCUUUUUGUCAGAAGACCCAUUUUACUGAUAAAACAUGUGAUGUAAAUAAUUUUAUGAGACUUGCACAGAAAUUUGCAUUUCGCUGUUCUGUGCUCCCUAAGGCUUUGUCUGGUGCAAACAGGGAACUCUGAAGUUGCCAGGUAUCAGCCUGAAGGUCACGCAACAGGACUGCAAGUCAGCACGUGUGGAUUUGGGGGUGCUGAGCCUCCCCACGGACAGACGUUGGCAGCAGCUGCCUCAAGGAAAGGGCAGGGGAGAAGAGGUACUCCUGUGGGGAUGACCACUGGGCACAUGAACCGCGUGAUGUGCAGGAAAGAUGCCAUCUGCGGGGGCUAAAGAGUGCGUCGGAGCCCACUGCUGUCAUAUAGAUCCCCUCAGGCAGCCGCUGCUGAGGCACUGUUUAUUUGGGUUUCAGUAUUUUAGUGUUUUCUGAAGUUUGUGGGUUUUUUUCCUUACAGCCCAAUUGCAACUUACAGAAGCUACUUGAGGGCUGGGAAAAAAUGCAUUUAUUAGUGUCUUCUACUUACUCAGAGCUGAUCUGCACAGCUACUGGGUAUACAGACACCAAACCAGGCAUGAAGUGACUCAUAACACUUGUGGUUAAUAAGCUGAUGGCUCCCAUCUUCUUCUGAUGCUGAACCUUGGGAUCUGAAAGAAAGCUCUUAACUAGGGAGGGGGCUUGGACCAUAAGACAGCAUUGCAGUGCAAGGAAAUGAAGAUGAUAGCCUGCCUUUCCACUUAAAUUUUGUCCCUUUACAUUGCAAAUUCUUUAAUGUGGAACCCUAGCUACUGCCUGGAAGUUAUGAUGAAGAGGUACUGAAGCUAACAGGUGGUGAAAUUAAUGCCUGCGGGUGCACUCAGUAAAUACAUUACUUGGGCAUUCAAGUGUCAUGGAUACAUGCUAU